UCCUGAGCUGCCCCUUUCCAGCGGGUGAGGCGAAGCACAAUCAACCCCUCACCCACAAACGGCACCCCCACCAAACACCAAAGUAAACCGCACCCUUUACUGUACCGUUUGCUGUACCUGUACCAUGUACGUAUGGAAGCGUGCCCGGAUUUCCCAAUCCCGGUCUGGCAGAAGGGAACGAGACCAACCUCUCAUUCGCCAAUCCGUCCGCCUCUCUCAUCCUCAUAAACGUUCUCCUCCCGCACAUGAACGGGAAAAAAAGGGGGUGGGGGAACCGUAUCCCCAAUCAAUCAAUGAUCAUUCCUCGACCCCCGAAAAUACAGAACGGGAGCGGGACAGACCCAGCCCUUGCCCAGCCGUGAGCCGAACGAAAUACCCACAGGAGGACCGCGAACGCGAAGAAGGCACCUGCAUCCGCGCACAUCUGUUGAGCCAGAUCCAGGACCUUGGUCUUUAAGGAGAUGGACGAGAUCGCGACAGGAAAAAGGAACUGACAGAAAAAAAAAAUAUGGAAUGAUGCUGGGAAAAGCUCCGUACCGAAGCAACUCCGCAUCACGGCUCCAGCUAUCCGUGAAGGGGAAAUCUAUGGUUGGUGAGAUCUAAGACUUGACAUGUCCCGACUCCCGUCCGCUCAGGAAAAAACGUCCAC